AUCGCGUCAUCUAUUUUAUAUUUUCAGCUAUGGCAGGAAUCCAACUUCUUCGCGGACUCCUUCGUAUUUAACACAAUUUAUUUAUCUGAAUGUUACGCAUCUUGCAGCUACAAAUUACUCCAAGUAAUAACAUUUCAUUUUACAGUUUAGUUCAUUAUCUGAUUGAAUGGCCAUGGAAGUAGAAAGUGCAGCCACUUCCCCGGCUUUUGAUGAUUUCCUACAAACAGGACGAACGGGAAGAAGAAAUGCAAUGCCGGAUAUUCGAGCCGAAGGUGCCGCUGUCAGCACGGCAUCUUUGCCCGAUAGUUUACAAAAAUUAUCUUGUUCAGAUUUGCAAAUGGAUGGAAGUUGCGGCGGUGAAGGUUCUGGAUCAGGACAAAUAGCACAAGGUGGAGCUGCUAAUACAUAGCCUCUAAGUGUAGUUUUCUUUUUAAAUUGAACUUAAAUGUAAAAAAGAAAAAAAAGCUCAUGAAGACAGUGACUCAACCAUGUGAUUGUUUCACGUCAUUGAAUCACUAGUCGCUGUUGAUUCAGUUACAGAUAGAUGAGUGUUUAUUACAUGUAACUGGAAUGGAGAACUUAUUUUAUGAGAUGUUUUAAAAAUUCUUGAAUGUUGUAAAUUCGAGAAAGUGUUAAAACUACUUAAAACUUUUCAUCAUUCGAUUGGAUGUCUAUGGUGUCUGUGUACAUCUAGGUAUCAAUAUGUAUCACUUUGUUUCGGCUGUCAAAUGUGGAUGUUUUUCUGUUUGAGAUUUAUGGAGAUCUCUUUUGCAAUUAUGUGUUGUGAUAUUUUAAGUUUUUUUUUUUUCAUAGAUUUUAAGUUAUUGUAGCUUUUUACUGAAUGACUUCAUUUUUUUAGAAAGGACUUUUUACGUGUUUUUAAAAUAAUAAACUAUAACUAGCAAACCAAAA